AUGACUGAAGAUGAACGGAAACAGUAUUUGCGGAUGAAUCCAAGGAUUAUCACCAACUUGCAAAAGAAAGGCAAGUACAAGUUCCUGCAAAAGUAUUUCCAUCGUGGAGCAUUUUAUUUGGACGUUGAAGACGAUGUACUGAAGCGUGAUUUUGCUGAAGCAACACUCGAGGACCAGUUCGAUAAAUCUGUGCUUCCAAAAGUCAUGCAG